CGUGCCCGCUCAGCGAUCAAAAGAGCGGCUGCUGAAGGAGAAAGGAGACGGUGGGACGCGAGAUAACGGCGAGUUCAGGAGAGAGUGGAGCUUGGAACGCGGUCUGGCAGGUUUCGUAAACGUUUGAUGCAGGUCUCUAGAUGCGAAUUAGAAGCUCACUGUCCCAUUGUCGGACCCUGUGCGGUGGAUCGGCUGCGGGUCUUGAGCGGGGCUAGGCCUGGAUUGAGCGCCGUCAUCUUUAUUCGGGGCACCGUUCAACCAGACGUCUGUGAGGUAGCCAUCUUUAUAGGGGGCAAAGGGCCGGUGUGCUGGUUCACUUGGGUGGAUUUACAUGCAGCAAAGACAAACGAGAGCAAAUGUUGAAGGAGGAGUGUUUUUGGGACCAAUUUGCAGAUGUUUGCGAACAAGUGAGGAAAAAUGCUGCCUCUAAACUAAAAUAUUUAAGCAUUAUUAUCCUGGACAGACGAUUUUUGGAAAUCCUUUCUACUGGGUAUUGAAAAGAAAGAAUUUAUACACGGAAAAUUCCAAUCGAAUUUCUCAUCCAGAUCUGACAGGGUCUCUUGAUUCAUCUGAAUAAUCUUGAACUUUGUGGAAGUAGAAAUAAUUACCUGGUCCUUCUUAGAGAAAAGAUCUUAGACAACAGCAUGGCUGGGAAAUCACCAAGACAUCCACACCCAAAGGAGGGUGUUCUAGUGCACUGACUGUGAACAGAACUUUAACCAGUUGCAUGGCCUAAGAAAAUCAUCACAGCAUUUACACUGUGGUAAAACCGCUGCGUUGUAGACAAGUCUUCAGUUCGAUUAUCUAACAUGGACCGACAAAAGGACGUAAGCACUACAGACAAACCAUGGAAAUGUGGGGACUGCGGGAAGGGAUUCAGUUACCCAUCCAAGCUGGAAGCCCACCGACGUAGUCACACUGGAGAGAGACCAUUCACCUGCUCUGACUGUGGGAAGGGGUUCACUCAGCUAUCCACUCUACUGUCACAUCAGCGAGUUCACACUGGGGAUAGACCGUUCACCUGCUCUGUGUGUGGCAAGGGAUUCGCCAAGUCAUCCACCCUCACUGAGCACCAGCGGGUGCACACUGGGGAGAGGCCGUUCAGUUGCUCUCACUGUGGGAAGAGAUUCGGACGAUCAUCCAACCUCACUGAGCAUCUCCGUAUUCACACAGGGGACAGGCCGUUCACCUGUCCUGUGUGUGGGAAGGGAUUCACUUGUUUAACUAAUCUGACAUCACAUCAGCUUAUUCACACCGAUAAGAGACCCUUUCAAUGUUCUGACUGUGACUCCAGCUUUAAAAGCACGAGGGACCUGCUGACACACCAACGUAGUCACACUGGGGAGAAGCCCUUCAUCUGCUCAGAGUGUGGGAAGGGAUUCACUCACACGUCCAACCUGCUGGCACACCAGCGACGCCACACCGGAGAGAGGCCGUUCAGCUGCUCCAAGUGCGGGAAGCGGUUUCGCCGCUCAUCUGACGUUCUGAGUCACCAGCGAGCUCACAUGGGCAGGAUGCGUUCGGCUGCUCUGUUUGUGGGUGGGGAGUCGCUCAGUCACCCCACCUCCUGACACAACAGUGAGCUCAGACUUGGGAAGAGACCAUGCUCCUGCUCUGAAUGUGGGAAGGAAUUUACUUAAUAGGGCAACAUGCUGAUGAACCAGUGAGUUCACACUGACGGGAGACCAUUCGCUUGCUCAGUGUGUUAGAUGCUCAGUCAUUGUACCUUCUGAGACCGUAGCAAGUUCACAAUAAGAAAAAAACAGUGAUUGCAUUUUGCUCUGAGUCACAUCCAGGACUGAAUCAUCUUAGAAUCCCUACAAUGUGGAAGCAGGCUAUUUGGCCGGUUGAGUCCACACCGACCCAUCCCCCUACCUUAUCCCUGCAUUUCCCAUGGAUAAUCCACCUAGCUUGCACAUCCCUGGAUGCUAUGGGCAAUUUAGUGUGGCCAGUCCACCUAACCUGCACAUCUGUGGAGUGUGGGAGGAAACUGGAGCACCCAGAGGAAACCCACGCAGACACGGGGAGAAUGUGCAAAUUCCACACAGACAGUUGCCUCAGGAUGGAAUUGAACCUGGGUCACUGGUGCUGCGAGGCAGCAGUGUUAACCACUGAGCCACUGUGCUGCGAAUUAUUUUCAUUGGGGUUUAUUUCAGCUGUUUGAAAGGAACUCCAGCCAGCACAGGUGUCAGUUUUCUGGAUAAAAUUUAAAUUGAUCAGUUAUGUGUUACAUACAGUAUGCCCAUUUUUUUCCUUUAAGGGCUCUAAAAGCAAUCCAAGUCCAAAUGCAAACAGUAUCUCUGCUUGGGCUGAUAAGUGACAAGUAAUAUUUGUGCCACACAAAUGCCAGGCAAUGAUCAUCUCCAACAAGAGACAGUCUAACCAUCAUAUCUUGGCAUUCAAUGGUCAUACCAUUGAUGAAUUCCCCCACUGUUGAAACCUUCAGGAUUACCACUGACCAGACGUUAAAACUGGACUUGCCAUAGAAAUGUGGUGUUGCAAGAGCAGGUCAGAGGCUGGGAAUCCUGCAGUGAGUAACUUGCCUCCUGACUCCCCAGAGCUUGUCCGCUAUCUACAAGGCAUAAUUCAGGAGUGUAAUGGAAUACUCUUCUUUCCUGCAUGAAUGCAGUUCCAUCAAUGCUGAAGAAGCUUGUACCAUCCAGGGUGAAGCAUCUUGCUUGAUUGGCACCACAUCCACAUUCAUACACUCCGUUGGCACGCAGCAGCAACAGUGUGUGCAAGAUGCACUGGAGAAAUUCCCCAAGACUCCUUAGACAGCACCCUCCAAACCCACAGUGACAACUAUCCAGAAGGAUAUGGUCACCCGAUAUACUGCCUGCAAGUUACUCUCCAAGCCACACACCAGCUUCCAGUUUCACUGGGUCAAAAUCCUGGAAUUACCUCCCCCUGAACUGACUAUGACAUUUCAAAAAGGUAGCUCACUAUCAUUUAAUGAUGAGCAAUAAGUGGACCUCUCAAAUUUUCAAUUUAAUGUUGACCUCGCUCUUUGUGCACCUUCUCUGCAGCCGUAACAUUGUGCUCCCCACUCUGUUCUGUCCCCCUACUGCACUUUGUAUGGUGUGAUCUGCCUGUACUGCAUGCGAAACAAAACUUUUCAUUGUACCUAGGUACGUGACAAUAGUAAAUCAAAUGAAAAAAAGUGCUGAUCUAGCCAGCGAAGCCCACAUCUUAUCAGUAAGAAAAGAAAAGUAGUUGUUGAAUACACUGAAAUAGAACAGGCAAGCUGAGGAAGACUUAAGAAGAAAAGGCCAGGCCCAGAAUCUGGAAUUUAAGCUGUUGCUGUUAUUCAAAAAUAACAUUGAUUGACCCUAUGCCAUCCAGCCUGGGAUGAGCAGAUUCUGCAGAGGUAUACCACUGUGCUGUCACCCAUGGAACUCUGGCUGGAGAUGAAACCAGCUCAGAGAAAGAGAAGGGCUUAAAUAUCUCCUGAGCCAUAGAGAUGUACGACAUGAAAACAGACCCUUCAGUCCAACUUGUCCAAGCUGACCAGGUAUCCUAAAUUAAUCUAGUUCCAUUUCUAGCAUUCGGCCCAGAUCCCUCUAAAUGCUGAAGAGGAGAGUGUUUAAAUGACUUUGUGCCUGAGAAUGAUCACUAAAAUCUGAAUAGACUGUUGGGCCAAUUCAUAAGAUUGACUGCAUUGUAUCUGCCAUUUGACGUGUAAUUUAGAUUGUAACUCACGACAAUUUGCCUGUUAAUAUGUGUUUACCAGAUGUUAAUUCUUGUUAUAUUUUA